AUGGCCAACUUCGAGCGUACCUUCAUUGCCAUCAAGCCAGAUGGCGUGCAGCAUGGCCUGGCAGGAGAGAUCAUCAAGCGCUUCGAGCAGAAGGGGUUCCACCUGGUGGCCAGGAAGUUCCUUUGGGCUUCUGAGGAAUACCUGAAGCAGCACUACAUUGACCUGAAAGACCGUUAUUUAUUCCCAGGGCUGGUGAAGUACAUGAACUAG